GAGUUGUUUCAUUGUCCAAUACAGACUGAGCCCCUGCUCUAAUCUGGGUUAUCUGGCUGUAAUCAGCUUAGCCCACUACUGCUGCUGAUGCUGGCUGGCACUUUCUGUCGCUUUAGUCUGCACUGCCAUUCAAACACACCUGCUGAAGGGCCACUGGAUUAAUACAAACUAGCAGGAAAGUGCAGUUUCCAUGUAGAAGAAGUUGGAAGAGAUCAACAUUCAGUCUUUUUGAGGAAUCAAGGAAACUGGCCAUGGCUGAGAGUCAAGAAACGGGUUCAUCUGAGGGGACACAUGCUGCAGACACGUACCCCAGAAAAAUACUAGAGUAUAUGGAAGGAUUCCUCAUCUCCAAGACGGUUUUCUCCUCAUGCGAGCUGGGUGUGUUCGAUGUGUUGCUGGCGUCAGAGCGUCCCCUGUCUGCAGAGGAGAUCAGUCAGGCGAUCGGAGCUAGUCUGGAUGGCACACAGAGACUGCUGGCUGCCUGCAGCGGCCUGCAGCUGCUCAACACACACCAGGACAACGGACAAGUGUUUUACAGUAACACAGAGCAGGCCCGGGUCUACCUGACCCGCUCCAGUCCUGUAUCCCUCUACCAGUCCAUCCAGUACAGCUCCAGAACCAUCUACCUCUGCUGGCACUACCUGACCGACGCUGUCAGAGAGGGAAGAAAUCAGUAUGAAAAGGCUUUUGGAGUCACCUCAAAUGACCUGUUUCAAGCUCUCUACAGGUCUGAUGAGGAGAUGCUGAAGUUCAUGCAGUUAAUGAACUCCAUUUGGAACAUCUGUGGUAAAGAUGUGGUCACGGCCUUCGACCUUUCGCCUUUCAAGAUCAUUUGUGACCUUGGGGGCUGCAGUGGAGCAUUAGCUAAGCAGUGCACGUCAGCCUACCCAGAAUGCAGUGUUACGAUCUUUGACCUCCCCAAGGUGGUGCAUACGUCAAGGAAACACUUUGUCACGGAGGCUGACCAGAGGAUUAGCUUCCACGAAGGGGACUUCUUCAAAGACCCCCUGCCAAAAGCUGACCUCUAUAUCCUCGCCAGAAUCCUCCACGACUGGACAGAUGAACGCUGCAUAGAGCUACUCAGUAGAGUCUACAAAGCCUGCAAACCAGGAGGCGCUGUGUUUCUAGUGGAGGCACUGCUAAAUGAGGACGGCUCUGGCCCUGUGACGGUGCAGCUCUACUCCCUGAACAUGCUGGUACAGACGGAGGGCAAAGAGAGGACAGCUGCUCAGUACGCUGCCCUGCUGGCUGCCGUCGGCUUCACCGACAUCCAGCACCGCCUCACCGGGAAGAUCUACGACGCCGUGCUGGGACACAAGGAGAUAUGAGACCGACAAAGAAGGCCACUUGUGUGCCAGGAUGGAAAACUUACACCACCUGGAAGAAAAAUGUUCUACUACCAAUACUGUACUAUUUUGGAUUUCUUUUCAAUUAAAAUUUCACCGUGAGUUUCUUUAAAUAAAAAACGUUUCUGACAAUGUUUGACAAUACCACAUUCUCUAUCUGCUCUUUCACUGAAUCUGAAUGACUUAUGAAAUAAUAAUUACAGGUGUGAACCCUUGGUCCAAUGAAAAGAGGUGGUCUCAUUCUGGAUCAAAAUAAACCAUGGCUCCCCUCUUUUCUAGAGUGAAAUAUUGUUGGAAUUGUUCAGACUUUUCGGACAAAUUACAGGAAGUUCUGGAAGGCUAUCGUCAGAACCAGAUAAAGGACAGCACAGUGUUCAGCUGUUCUUUAAAUGAACACCCCGUGCAAAGCUAUACUACGUAUAUUCAGCCUCCCCCAUGAGGAAUUCUAAGUCAUGACGACAAAACUGCCGGCGCGUCCGCAUGAUACAAGCCUUCCCUGACCACGCACCACCUGCCUCCCAUUUUGACAAUCAAGUAAGAGACAAAUCCCAGUGCUGUCGGAUUCUGCUCUAAAUGAUUAGCCACACACUGCAAAGGUCAACCUAUAUUAGAUGGUGUGCAGUGUGAUCUUCCAGUCUCAUCGCUAAGAAGAUGAACUUUCUUACAUAUCUGUUCUCAUCACUCAAUCCUAAGCCCUGUGUCUGAACCCCUCGCCUCUGACUGUUCUUAGCAGCCGAGUAAAGCUGUCUUUGUACCAGGCUCUUUGUAAUGAUGGUCGUGACUCAGUAAAUCUCCUUCACAUUG